AUGAAUGACGAAAACGAUUUUCCUUCUGAGCAACAAGAAUGCGUGGCAGAUAAUGUUGAAGACAAAUUUGAAUCAAAUGAACAUGAUGUCUAUGCUGCAGAAGAACUUGAGAGAAAGAAGGAAAGAAAGAAGAAAAAGAAAGAACAUUUGGAGGACUAUUCAACUGCCGCUCAGCAAGAUAAUGCGGAAACUGACAGCAAUGGUCAUAUGCAUACGGAUGAGAUGCAAAGUAAUGAGGUAGAACAUGCAACCAAAAAGAAGAAGAAGAAGAAGAAGAAGAAGAAGAAGAAGAAGAAACAUACUGAAGUAAUGGAAGAGGGUUCUGAGGAGAUAAGAGAUAAUGGUGCUGCACAUGAGAAGAAAGGAAAAUUGAAAAUGACCAAACCGGUGGAGAAUGAGUCAAGCGAUGCUACACCCAGAAAAAGUAAGAAGAAAGUGAGGUUUUCUAAUCACGUCGAAGUUUCCCCCUCUCCAGUCAUUUCAAAUCCAGCGAAAUGGACUGUGGAGGGAGAGAAACUAGUUAGAGGUAAGUGGUUCACGUCUGAAGAGGAUGAGAUCAUCAAAGCUGCUGUUAAUGACUACAUACUGAGUCACAACUUAGGGGACAAAGGCCUGGACAUGGUCCUCAACUGUCAAAAGCACCCCAAGGUGAGGGGCUGUUGGAAGGAAAUCGGGUCUUCCAUACCAUAUAGACCCACCUCUUCCGUCUACGUGCGUACCCAUGUUCUAUUCCGCAGGGCUGAGAAUCGCAAAUGGACUGAGGAAGAGUACGAGGAGAUCCUCAAGUUCUGCGAGGAGCACGGCAGGCAAUGGAAGAAGCUGGCAGACAAGCUCGGCAAGCACAGGACACAUGUCAGGAACACCUGGCGGAGGAUAAAGCUGGUCAACCGCAAGAAAGGGCACUGGUCUCAGGACGAGUACCAGAAACUGUUUGACCUCGUGAACAUUGACCUGCAGGCGAAGCUUCGAGAAGAGAAGAAGUCCCAGCACGGGAUGCUGCGUGACAAUAUCUGCUGGACGGCAAUUAGUGAUGAGCUGUCAACCCGUCCUCAGGACCUUUGCUGUGAAAAGUGGUACAGACAACUGACCUCGUCCAUGGUGGCCCAGGGCGUGUGGGCCGACUCAGACGACUACCGUCUGAUUGGUGGGCUUCAUAGCCUGGACGCGACCUGCGUGGAGGAUGUGGACUGGGAUGGUGUUGUUGAGGGCAGGGAUGGGAUUGUGUGCCGAAAGCGUUGGAAUCAGAUGGCUUUGCAUUUGGGGCGGAAUGGGCAUAAGCCGUUUGCCGAGCAGGUAGAAGUCUUGGCGCGGAGAUACUGCCCUCAUCUUCUGGAGGCGAGAGAGGCUUGGGACAGCAAACCAAGAGUUCCAUGA